AGGUGUGACAGAACGUGAGGACCAGCCAGAAUGUCCUCACUCUCUCAAAAUGUCCGCAGUUCCUGUGGUUUAUACGUUUUUGGUCCUCACAAAGAUAUAUGAACACACACACACACACACACACACAUACACACAGAAAGAAAGCAAACAGUUUUCUCUGGCAUUAUGGUUUGAAAAUCACCAUGACAACACUGAAUCCAAAGAAACAAAUGGCACAUUAUAUGAAGGGAGGAGAGAUGAACUGUGAGACAGUUGAGGACAAAAUAUUUCUCAUUAAUUUGUUUUCAAAAUAAUGACAUUUAUUACGCAUACGGUCACAUUUCAGAACACAAAGACGUGCAGAUUAAGUCGGAGGCCAAAAACAAAGAAUCGACUGAUGCGCAUUCAGUAAAGCAUAAAAUGCCCGUGGCAACAAUAAAAGUCUGGAUUUAUUUGAAGAGGUUUUUGGAGGAAAACCUUGAUGUCUCUCACAUGACUGUCUGUAUACCUGAGGCCUUUCACCUUUCAUUCAUAGACAUUAACAUUUUUGCAUGUGAUUGUCACAGGAAAAAAACAAAACAAUAAAGAAUUAGGGGCAGCCACCAGAGGGUGCCACGUGACUGUCUUUACCUGAUGCUCACUGUCAAUCACAUGUCUUCUCAGAGUUUCUUUCCUUUGAUUCUAAGAAAUGAGGCAAAUCCUUUUCAGUCAUGCGUCUGACCUUGGUGUCUUUCGGGUUCUGUGAAGUCACCCAACAACAAGGUUUUGUUAUUCCUGGAUCUGCGUCACAUGCCUCACAAGCAUCUGAGUGUCAUCAAUUCCCACUGCUCCAUCUGCUUCUUUGUCUGCGACAGCCUCACAAAAUGUGCACACAUCUCUGAUGAUGUACAAAUGUUAGAAAUAAUUGGAUACAAUUUGGACGGCGUCUCAUGUGGCUCCAUAUCUUGUUACGUUUUCAUUGUCAGUUGUUCUGUGACCACAGUUUUCUUUUGAUCGAUCAAGUUUUGGGCAAAGCUAAAAAAGAAAUCACGUCUCUGUCAAAAGCGAUUGGAUGUGGCGUGUGUGUAUGCAGGAUCAAGACAAAAUUUCAUCCCGAUCUCAUCCAGAUUACGGAUUAGGCAGCAAGUUUGAUUCAACAUCGCAAAAUCGUAGAAAUCACAAAUCAAAUUGCAAUAUAUAUGUCGGAAAAUUCAAUGUUUUUUUUCGGGCAGAAGUGAGAGUCUGUGACUUUGAAGAUUCACCGCAUGUGAUGAAGAACAUGCGUUCACCGUCCGAUCGGAUGAAUAAUGCACUGAUCGUUUCUCGUUAUAUGAAAAAGAGUGAACGAUUUGAUGAAUUUGGGUCAGUGGCAGUGAGGAUGUCACAUUUGCAACUCGCCAUCCGCCCACAGACAGAGACAGCGAGAGACAUCUGCAGCCUAAUGAACACAACUGUUGCCUAAAAUAGUCACUGUAUCAUCCUGUGAUUAAAUACACUCCCAAACUUUAGUCCUCCCUUGUUUGCUCACUUGUGUGUUUUGUUUCUUUCUUCUCCUCCCCGUGGGUUUCGCCUCCUGGAGCGUUCACUGUUGAUGCGCAGCACUUUCCCACUGUUUUGGAGUAGGAGGAGAACGUAGAGGAGAGGGAGAAGCAGCAGGAGGAGGAGGAGGAGGAGGAGGAAGAGGAGGGCCUGGUCUCGUCAUGUGCGUCAGUAAGUCAAACAUGUUCCAAUAACGGUCUACAUUAUCUGCUGCUAUUUGCAGUUUGCUGUAGCCAGGCGCCAGUUUGAGCCUGAGAAGAAACCUGCAGCUCUUUUCCUUGUUGCUCCUCCGUGAAGGAGACGCGCUUACGAGGGAUGGCAUCAGCGAGGCAGUUGGCAGAAAAGAGGAAACGAACCCUUACCCUUGGAAAUACAAGGACAAACCAUUCAUCAGACACUCAGCUCUAAGAGGCGCAGGAUGGCAGGAGGUGUGAAGAGGAAAACACUGGCGUUACACGUCAGGUGGUUGUUUGUCUGCUUGUUGUUGAUGUCUGAUCUGAGCUGGCUCGCCCGAAAGCACCAGGUCGGGGUCAACGGCCAGAACAAUGAGAGAAGAGUACUGGCACAUAUCCCAGGUGACAUCAUUAUCGGAGCUCUGUUCUCUGUUCACCACCAGCCACCUGCAGACAAGGUGCACGAGCGAAAGUGUGGAGCGGUGCGCGAGCAGUACGGGAUCCAGAGGGUGGAAGCCAUGAUGCACACUCUGGACCGAAUCAACGCAGACCCCGCCAUCCUCCCAAAUAUCACGCUGGGCUGCGAGAUCAGGGACUCUUGCUGGCACUCUGCGGUGGCGCUGGAGCAGAGCAUUGAGUUCAUUCGAGACACUCUGGUGUCCAACGAAGAGGAGGAGAACCAGGGCAGGUGUGCCGCAGAGGGGGGCAGUCUGCUGGUUCAGGGAAAGAAGCCCAUCGUGGGUCUGAUUGGUCCAGGAUCCAGCUCUGUUGCCAUCCAGGUGCAAAAUCUCCUCCAGCUCUUCAACAUCCCGCAGAUAGCCUACUCAGCCACAAGCAUGGAUCUCAGUGACAAGAGCCUGUAUAAAUAUUUCAUGAGGGUGGUGCCGUCAGACAUGCAACAAGCCAGAGCCAUGGUGGACAUUGUCAAGAAGUACAACUGGAGCUACGUGUCCGCAAUUCACACAGAGGGUAAUUAUGGAGAGAGUGGCAUGGAGGCAUUCAAAGACAUGGCAGCGAAGGAGGGAAUCUGCAUCGCCCACUCCGACAAGAUAUACAGCAACGCAGGGGAGCAGGGCUUCGAUAAGCUGCUGCAGAAACUGCGAGGUCACUUGCCCAAAGCCAGAGUGGUGGCCUGCUUCUGCGAGGGCAUGACGGUCCGCGGCAUUCUGAUGGCCAUGAGGCGACAGCGCCUGGUGGGAGAGUUUCUGCUGGUCGGAAGUGACGGCUGGGCCGACAGGUACGAUGUGACUGACGGCUUCCAGAGGGAGGCAGCAGGUGGGAUCACGAUAAAGCUCAAGUCUGCUCACGUGACCUGGUUCGAUGAUUAUUACCUGAACCUGAAGCCGGACGCCAACCUGAGGAACCCCUGGUUCCCUGAGUUCUGGCAGCACCGCUUCCAGUGCAGGCUGAGGGGGCAUCCGCUGGAGAGCACUGCAUACAACCGCACCUGCACCUGGAGAGAGUCUCUGCGUCAACAGUACGCACAAGACACCAAGAUGGGAUUUGUCAUUAAUGCCAUCUAUUCCAUGGCUUACGGCCUACAUACCAUGCAGCAAGCCGUCUGUCCAGGAUUUAAGGGUUUGUGUGAGAACAUGCGACCCAUCGACGGCCGCAAGCUGCUGGAGUUUCUGAUGCAAACCAACUUCACUGGAGUAUCUGGGGAGAUUAUCCACUUUGACCAGAAUGGAGACUCGCCGGGCAGGUAUGAAAUCAUGAACUUCAAGCAAACCGGUGAGGAUGAGUUUGCUUACAUCCCCGUGGGAAGCUGGGAUCAGGGCGGCUUGAAGAUGAAUGAUGAGGAAAUCUGGAGCGACAACGGUGACAUCAUCCAGUCAUUCUGCUCAGAGCCCUGCCAGAAGGCACAGAUCAAGGUGAUCCGUAAAGGAGAGGUGAGCUGCUGUUGGACCUGCACUCCCUGCAAAGAGAAUGAGUAUGUGUUUGAUGAGUAUACGUGUCGGGCCUGUGUCCUGGGCUCGUGGCCGACAGACGACCUCACUGGUUGUGAGCCGAUCCCAGUUCAGUACGUACGCUGGGGCGAUCCAGAGCCCAUCGCUGCAGUCGUCUUCUCGUGUCUGGGCCUCAUGGCAACACUUUUUGUGACAUCCGUCUUCAUCAAAUUUUGGGACACUCCUGUGGUCAAGUCGUCCAGCCGUGAGCUCUGCUACAUCAUCCUGGCUGGAAUAUGUCUGGGCUACCUGUGCACGUUUAGCCUCAUCGCUAAGCCUCACCUCAUCUACUGCUACCUGCAGAGGCUGGGAAUCGGUCUGUCGCCGGCCAUGAGCUACUCCGCUCUGGUCACCAAGACCAACCGUAUAGCGCGGAUCCUGGCAGGCAGCAAGAAGAAGAUCUGCACCAAGAAGCCUCGCUUCAUGUCCGCCUGCGCACAAUUGGUCAUCGCCUUCCUACUCAUUCUGCUUCAGCUGGGGAUUAUUGUGGCGCUGCUUAUCAUCGAGCCACCGCAGGUGAUCUAUGACUAUCCCAGUAUCCGUGAGGUGCACUUGAUCUGUAAUCUGACCACUCUGGGGGUUGUGGCUCCUCUGGGCUACAACGGCCUGCUUAUCCUCAGCUGCACCUUCUAUGCCUUCAAGACUCGUAAUGUACCGGCUAAUUUCAACGAGGCCAAGUACAUUGCCUUCACCAUGUACACCACCUGUAUCAUCUGGCUGGCCUUUGUUCCAAUUUACUUUGGCUCCAACUACAAGAUCAUAACCAUGUGCUUCAGCGUCAGCCUCAGUGCCACCGUGGCUCUGUGCUGCAUGUUCGUGCCCAAGGUUUACAUCAUGCUCGCCAAGCCUGAGAAGAAUGUCCGCAGUGCUUUCACGACGUCCACAGUGGUGCGCAUGCACGUCGGUGACGCCAAAAAAGCCGCCAAGACUCCCAAGCCUUCCAGCAGCAUGGCCAAUUUGUUUCGACGCAAUGGCUCUGCGCAGGAUGACAUCAGUUCCAACGGGAAAUCCGUGAACUGGACACAGAACGACCGCAGCUACAGACCAACCCUGUGGAAGAGGAUGUCGUUCCACGUCAAGAAAAAAGGCGCCGUGGAGUCAAACCAGACGGCCAUCAUCAAACCCUUCUCCAAAGACGGAGAUGUACCUGAGGUGCCUCCGCCCUUCACCUGCUCGCCCCCUCAGUCACCUCUGCUCACUGUCAGCCAGCAGCCAGUGAAGGCGAGGGGUCACCACGGAGGAGACGAUGGAGCCGAGCCACAAGUUUUACCCGCCAACCACGCCGCCGGGGUGAGAAGAGGAGGCGGGGACAACGGCGCGGACAUUAGCUUCAUACCUGUAGGCGUGGGGGACAUCGGCACGGGGUUGCUCGUCAGUCAAACUCAGGGCGUCACCAUCAUGGACCAAAUCAGCUGCGUGGUGAGCCGAUUCACCGCCAACAUCAGUGAGCUCAACACCAUGAUGCUGCCGGGAGGAGCCGCAGCUCCGCCUGCACCUGCAGACGCCGCCGCCUGCCCUCCUCCUCCUCCGCCCCCUCCUCCUCCGCCUCCUCCCCCUCCUCAGCACCUGACAUCCAUGAGCCAUGUGGUCACCACGCAUGCCGAGGUCAUGGCUGUUCCCAGCUUCUGCGAGAAUCGACCCGCAGGUAAGAUCUACACCCAGCACCUGGGGGGGACGUGCGUGAGCGGCAGACGGGUCAAGGACAUGGAGGAGCUCAUGGCUCUGACGCCUCCUUCCCCGUUUAGAGACUCGUCGCUGAGCUCCAGCGGCAGCUCACCUUCGUCUCCCGCCUCUGAGGCCGAGUAUGACCAGCUGCUGCUGAGACACUUCAGCCAGAGCUCCUCCUCUCUCUAAACCUUCAUGUUUAAAGACAAGACACGGACCAAACCAAACACUUUGAUUUCUUUCUACCUGUGGAUGCUACGUUUAAGCCCUUUUUUUUUUAAAUAUUGUGUUUUCGUGUGCACCCAUGCAUGCCUCCAUUGAGAGGACAGAGAGGAACAAACCUGAAGAUGACUGCAAACAUUAAGUGCGUCAUCUUUUGUUUCCAAGUUCCAGCCAUACGGGCAUUUUACAGACUAUUUCUUUGAAUACUGACUCACUUUUAAACUUUUUAAAUUCCAAAGAAAACACACCUUCUUUGUAAUAUCAGGCAUCAAACGUAAGUGAUGAAAAGUGACCAAAUAUGAACUGUAUGUUCAGUGUUUAUUUGAAGCAUAGUUGUGUUGCAGUCGUGUGUUCUGCAUUUUAUUAUUCUAAACACUUAGAUUUAUUUCAUUGCUACUGAUUUUCUGGUUAUAUAACACAAUCGUUUCGCUGUCAAUCCUGUGAGACAUUUGUAAUUUCACUGGAAAAGGAAACGUUUGCUGGAACUAAAAAUGAAACCUCCUGACUCUAAGAGGACACACAUUUUUUUUUACACCUAAUGGACACGUAACACUUUGUCUUAAUGGACGCAACGUCGUCUCCGGACGGUUGAAUGUCAGAAGACGUGUCCUUGAAAAGAGUGGACGACAGAAAGGAUCUUCCUCCUCAGGACCAAAAUACUUUCUGCUCGCUCAUCAUUUUUUUUUUCCCCUGUUUGCAUGAUUUCGAAAUUUCAGUUGCUUUUGUAAAAGAUGACUUUUGUUUUUUUUUUGUUUUUAACAUGACACAUUAAGAUGAUUAGAUACAGAUGUAGGUGAUGGUAUUUGUGUUAUUGAUGUGUUUUCCAGAAUGUGUCCCCCCCUGUAGUUUUUGUAAAUGGGCUCAAAUUAAAAAUCUCAUUAUAAUCCCAUUUAGAGUCUAAUCUUAAAAAAAAACAACAGUUUACGACUUAAGGAGAACAGUAUUUUUUAUAUUUACUUAACUUGUGACUGUGUUAUUUCUCAUGCUUGACCAUAUUCUUUGAAUCUUGUUUUUUUUUUGUAUCUACACUUAUUGCUAUAGUUAAGAUUCAUGGCUUCGCAGCUAUUGUUUUUCUUGUGUUCACAAUGUGGUUUUCAGCGUAAAAACCAUACCAUAGACAGUUGCCAUACUUGCAUGCCGUUUUAUAAUUCACCAUGUGUCUCCACCUGUUGAUGCUACUUGUGAACCAUUUCUAAAUAAGAAGAUAACUGUGUCAAAAUCGCUGUGUGCGAUAAUGAAUAAAACAGGAAGUGGGAAAUAAGGUUUCUAGGCCACUCUUUAAAUUAAAUAACAGGAUAUCAUUUCCGAUGCCAUAAAUUGUAGACCGUAAUUGUUCGGUGAAAUUAAUAAGUCACAUGAUGGCGGGCAAAGUUAAUUUAUAGUCAAGAGAGGAACAGCUUUGAUGAGUCCAGGGACAGAGCACGGUCACAAUGGACUGAUGGUUAGUUAUCACGUUACCUGCAGUCCUCACCACAUGUCGCUCAGCGGGAAAUCCUUUGUGUAACACAAUGGCUCUUGUUUUGAUUCUCUCAAAAACAAAAACUCUUCACAGUCGCCGUAAAUGCAAAUCAUGUGAUUAGCUGCCUGAGGAAGAAGUGAAGAGACUGGCGCCUGCUUUUGCUCCUCAGUGGUUGUGUGAACACACUUAAAAUUCACCAUUUCAAAUAGAUAUGUAUAUAUAUAGCGUAUAUGUAUGUAUAUAUAUA